AAUGCGUCUCUGUUGAAUGUCUCCCUUUUCAAACAUGAGGGAUAUAGGAGUUUAGUGCCUGGAAUGUCUACUCAAACUAGCAGAUUUUAUUCCAAAGAAGGUAGAAGAAAGUUGAAGUCAGACGGUCGUGGUUCGUGUGACGAGAAUGUGUCGCAGAAAGAUGUUGCUCUUCAACAAGCCCUAGAUCAGAUCUCGUCAUCCUUUGGCAAGGGCUCGAUUAUGUGGCUUGGGCAAUCAGGCUUUUCUAAUCACGUCCCUGUAGUAUCCACGGGUUCCUUUUCUCUGGAUAUAGCACUCGGAACUGGUGGACUUCCAAAGGGACGUGUUGUGGAGAUAUUUGGUUCCGAGGCUUCUGGGAAGACAACCCUUGCACUGCAUGUAAUUGCUGAAGCACAGAAGGAAGGAGGUUACUGUGCCUUAAUUGAUGCUGAGCAUGCUCUUGAUCCAGCACUGGCUAAGGCUAUUGGGGUAGACAUUGAUAAGCUGCUUCUUUCACAACCUGAUUCUGGUGAACAAGCUCUAAGCCUUGUCGACACCCCAAUCCGAAGUGGUUCCGUUGACGUUGUUAUUGUUGACAGUGUAGCUGCGCUUGUCCCUAAAGAUGAACUUGAUGGUGCAGUGGGUGAUGCUCACAUGGCAAUGCAGGCUAGAUUGAUGGGUCAGGCACUUAGAAAACUGACUCACUCUUUAUCAUCAUCACAAACGCUUUUAGUAUUUAUUAAUCAGGUGAGGUCAAAACUUUCAACUUUUGGGGGAUUUGCUGGCCCUACUGAAGUUACUUGUGGUGGAAACGCAUUAAAAUUCUAUGCUUCAGUGCGCCUAAAUGUUAAAAGUAUAGGACUUAUCAAGAAGCUUGAUGAGACAGUAGGUAGUCGAGUUCUUGUGAAGAUUGUGAAGAAUAAGCUGGCUCCUCCUUUCAGAACAGCUCAAUUUGAGCUGCAAUUUGGCAAGGGGAUUUGCCGGGAAACAGAGAUUAUUGAUUUGGGAUUGAAACACAAAUUCAUCUCAAAGGCCGGUUCGCACUACAGCUUUAAUGGCCAAAGUUUCCAUGGAAAAGAUUCCUUGAAAAGGUUUCUAAAUGAGCAUGAAAGUGCUAGGGAAGAACUUAUUUUAAAGCUUGGGGAUAAGCUACUUAAUGGGGAAAAAAUGGAGGAAGACCAGGCUGUGGAUGAAGACUCCGAAGUCGUAUCCGCAGCUGCGGUGCCAUAGCAUACGAAAUCGAUCUCCUUAACUAAUUUUCAAAGGCUUUUUAACUGUUUAUACUCAUCUUGUUUGGCACAGAUUGGUGGCGGUGUUCAGAGGCCAAUGUUUGAUCUCAGAAUGCUCCCUUUGGAGCCAAAGAAACAGAUUUUUCAUACGAUAAAUCUCAUUAUGCAAUUAUGUAA